UUGAUGUAGGUUUGUCGUGUGACUCCUGUCAAUGCCUUUGGGCCUUUGGCAAGCAAAGAGUGGGCAGGGAAAUAGGUCAUUUUGUUUGGUAUCUACAUGUUUCAGUCCUAGUUUCUUGGCACGAAAGGAUUUUGGUGGUGAUGUGCGCAUGCUCCACUGGACCAUACAUAGAAAAAGAAGGCAUUGUUUCUCCUACAAUUUAUUAUCCAGAAUUGCAAAAAUAGCACUCUGAAGUCUGAACGACUGUGAGCUGUCCAAGAAAAAUGCUUUGAAAUAUUCCGAAAAAUCCAUCAACUUCAAUGGCCAAAUCCAGUGCCUCCUACUUCCCAAAACUUACAGUCAAAACCCCCGCAACCUAGUUUCUUCAAAAUCAGUCUCUCUUCUUGAACGCUUUAUCAUUAGAUAUUCCAAUGUCUGAGAUUUUCUCUCUCUUUCUCUCUUGAAGAACCCAAAAUAAUCUUUUUAAGCUACCUCCCAUGGAUACCAAAAGGCUUCACAUUUUCUGUCUAACUUUCAUUUCACUCCUUUAUUUCUCUACAUCUUUCAUUCCCACAAACAACUUUCUCAUCAACUGUGGAUCAAACGCCAACAUUUCAUUCUAUAACCGCAUCUUUAUAGCUGAUUCAGCCAAAUCCGGUUCAGUUUUCCUCUCAGCAGAGCGAUCUGUUUCACUCACUGACCCAAACCCAUCUUCAAAUUCACCCAUUUUAUACCAUACGCUACGAGUUUUCACCACUGACUCGAGCUAUAAGUUCAACAUCAAGAAAAAUGGGACAGGGACACACUUGGUACGUCUCCAUUUCUCCCCAUUUCAAGCUCAAAAUUUUAACUUAGUAUCUGCCAAAUUCAAUGUUGUGGUCAAUGGCUUCUUGUUACUGAGUGGUUUUAGUGCUAAUAGUAUGCUGCUUAAAGAGUAUAUAUUGAAAAUAGAUGGUGAAGUUCUUGAAAUUAUGUUUAGUCCUGUGGGUGAUUCUGGUUUUGCGUUUGUUAAUGCAAUUGAGGUAUUUUCAGUUCCCAAAGACUUUAUAAUUGAUGAUGGGGCUAGGUUGGUUAAUGGUGAUGGAAUUGAAGAAUACAAGAACUUAACAUCGCAGGUUUUGGAGACUAUUCAUAGGGUUAAUGUUGGUGGUUUAAAAUUAACACCUUUUAAUGAUACUUUGUGGAGAACUUGGAUCCCUGAUGAUGGCUUUCUUGUGUUUAAACCUUCUGCAAAAGGAGCAGUCACCACUCAUGUACCAAAUUAUCAGACUGGAGGCGCAACCCGUGAAAUUGCCUCGGACAAUGUUUAUAUGACUGCACAGCAGAUGAACAGGAAUAAUUCUGCACUGAAUGCUAGAUUCAAUAUCACUUGGGACUUUCCUGUAGGUUCACAUGGUGCUCCACACUUAGUUAGGUUGCAUUUUUGUGAUAUUGUCAGUCCUGCGCUUAAUCUGCUAUAUUUCAAUGUGUAUAUCAAUGAUUACUCUGCUUACCAGGAUCUGGAUUUGUCCAUGCUAACAUACCAUGUGCUUUCAUCUCCGGUCUACAUAGAUUUUGUUGCAGAUUCGGAUGAUUCAGGGGUUAUACGUGUAAGUGUUGGACCUUCAGACUUGAGUUCUCCUUCAAAAAUUAAUGCUAUUCUAAAUGGGGCAGAGAUCAUGAGGUUGGUAAAUCUUAAAGGUUUUAACGCUGGGUCUAAGAAGAAAAACGUUUGGAUUUUAGUGGGUUUUAUUCUUGGAGGCUUUGUUAUCUUUUGUUUAGCUGCAGUUGCAGUUCUGCUUGCAUUUAAGAGCAAGAAGAAGAAACUAAAACCACCAAGACAUGCAGAAAGUGCUGGUUGGACACCUCUACGUGUAUAUGGGGGCAGUUCAUAUAGUAGAAUGUCUGGAGGGACUGUUACUACAUCUCCAGGUGCUAAUGGUUAUCACAGCUUGAGAAUCCCUUUUGUUGACAUACAAACAGCAACAAACAAUUUUGACAAGAGUUUGAUUAUUGGAAUGGGUGGAUUUGGUAUGGUUUACAAAGGAGUCCUUAGAGACAAUAUUAAGGUUGCUGUAAAGAGAGGUGUCCCAGGGUCAAGGCAAGGUCUUCCAGAAUUCCAGACUGAGAUAACUGUUUUGUCAAAGAUUCGUCACCGGCAUCUUGUUUCACUUGUUGGAUAUUGUGAAGAACAGGCGGAAAUGAUAUUGGUCUAUGAGUACAUGGAAAAAGGGCCAUUGAAGAAUCAUUUAUAUGGUUCAAAACAUCCUCCUUUGUCUUGGAAGCAAAGGCUUGAAAUAUGUAUUGGCUCAGCAAGAGGUCUUCACUACCUACAUACUGGUUCAGCACAAGGUAUCAUUCAUCGUGACAUUAAGUCUACCAAUAUAUUGCUUGAUGAAAAUUAUAUGGUGAAGGUUGCUGACUUUGGUCUCUCAAGAUCUGGCCCAUGUCUCAAUGAAACCCAUGUAAGCACUGGGGUAAAGGGCAGCUUUGGGUAUCUUGACCCUGAGUAUUUCCGGAGGCAGCGGCUUACUGAUAAAUCGGAUGUUUAUUCAUUUGGGGUUGUGCUGUUUGAGGUACUUUGUGCUAGGCCCGCUGUUGAUCCACUGCUUGCUAGGGAGCAAGUGAACUUAGCAGAAUGGGCAAUACAGUGGCAGAAAAAAGGCAUGCUUGGGAAAAUUGUCGAUCCCAACCUUGUGGGACAAAUAAAGCCUAGCUGUUUGAAGAAAUAUGGAGAAACAGCUGAGAAAUGUUUGGCUGAAUAUGGUGUUGAUAGGCCAACAAUGGGUGAUGUAUUAUGGAAUUUGGAGCAUGCACUUCAGCUCCAAGAAUCAGAGCCAGAAGAACCACGUGAAGAUAGCAACGUGAAUGGAAUGGAUUGUCCAACGCCUAGUGUUGCACCUUCUAGCAAUGCUAGGACAGCGAAAGACGAUGGUAGUGGUAGUUCAGACUUAACAACAAGCAAAGUUUUUUCACAGUUGGUGAUGAAUGAAGGCAGAUAGUUUAAACGGUCAAUGCUGCAUGGAUACAAUCUAGGUCACUUCUCAUUCUCGAAAAUUUCUACUAGAAUCUAUAUGUAUUGAAAGUUUUAGUUGAAGUAUAACCUUCUUUCUUUACUUCAAUAUUUCUUGUACUGUAUCAAAGCUGUAUUUUUAUCAUCAUUCUUAUGUAAUAGUAAAAAUAAUUGGUUUAAAAUAUUUUAUUUUCUUUUCGGUUCCUUAAGAUUAAUUUUUGUAUAUUCAGGGUAUAGAAUUAUAGGUGACUGUUAUCCAAAAGUAAUUGUAGAUUUCUCUACUCUGCCCACUUAUUUUUUGUUGGUUCAGUUAUUAACUUAAAGCCUGAUUAUGUUGAUGUUGGAUUUGGAUGCUUGCAUGGAAGUCGAGUCAGUAGUCAGUACUUGUUAAAUGUGGCUAAUUGCUUAAAUUAAGACUAACCAUUGGCAUAUUGCUCAUAUUAGGAUCAAAAUUUUGAAUUGAAACCCGCAUUAGGCUAAAAUUGAAAAAUUAGCAGAGAAAAAGAAGUCUUGAAAAGUUGAAACUGAGAAAAAAGGCCUGUGUAGCAGUUUAGACACAUACAGAUCAUUUGAUGAUAGAA